AUGUACAGUCACCUGACUGUGCUUGGCCGGUUAUUCAACCCCUGUCUCUGCGCCUGUCGGAUGUCGCUCCUGCAGAUGUUCGGACGUACUCGCAAUAUUCUACGAUCCUAUAAUCGGGUCCACAUUCCCCCAGGCUAUACACAUUCCCGAAAGCCGAGAUCGUCACUGUCUACUCUUUCCCGCCGGGAAACAGACAGAUACAGCAAGGAUACAGAGAGAUCCAAGGAGUCUGGCCCGUCGGGAAUAAGACCUAAAAGGUUUCAGUACAUGCCGAUAGAAUACGUGGAAGAUCUGGACAGAUACUGUCCCGGGGGAUACCAUCCUUUACAGGUCAAGAACACCUUAAACGCCGGCCGUUACAGACUGGUCGAUAAGCUCGGACACGGAGGGUACUCGACCACAUGGCUAGCCCGUGAUUUACAAAGAGAUAGAUAUGUAGCCGUCAAGGUUAUCACCGCUGACGCUAGUGCUUCCACGUCAGAGGCUAUUCUUAUACAUGCCCUUGGGAAUGUGUUAUCUAAACCAGGAAAAGAGAUCAUUCCUUCCAUCCUCGACGAAUUCUGGGCUGUCGGUCCCAAUGGGGAGCAUAGAUGUAUCGUUGCUCCCUCUGCACGGAUGAGCUUGUUCGAUGCCAAGGAGGCUUCCACUUUUCGCCUUUUCCAGCCGAAGGUCGCGCAGUCAAUUAUUGCUCAGCUUAUUCGUGGUGUGGCAUUCCUCCAUAGUGAAGGCAUUGUACACGGCGACCUGCACCUGGGAAACAUUCUAGUCCCUUUCACCGAAUCAAUUGAUCAUUAUACUACACUAGAGCUAUACAAGAAAUUUGGGGAGCCCGAGCCCGAGGCUGUUGUUCGUCUCGACAACAAGCCAUUAUCAACUCACGUCCCCUCACACGCACUCGCACCCGGCUGGUUUGGCAUUUGCAGCGAUGAUCUCUCCCAGGAAGAGGCAAAGAUCAUACUCAGCGACUUUGGAGAAUCAUACAACCCCCACGCAACUGAUCGAUUCUUCUCAAAGACACUUCCCUGGAUUCAACCACCGGAUGCCCGCUUCUCAGAAGAGCCCCUCUCUUUCGCGUCAGAAGUCUGGACCCUCGCCUGCACCAUCUGGGAGAUCUUUGGUCAACGACCCUUUUGCGACACAUUUUGCUCAACGGCAGACCACGUCACCGCGGAGCAAGUCCAAGCUCUUGGGACUUUGCCCGGGGAGUGGUGGGAGAAGUGGACUAGACGAUUGGAGUGGUUCAGCGAAGAGGGUGAGUUAGAUGCGAAGUAUGGCGUGUGCAGGACCAUCGAUAUGAGGUUUGACUACUGUGUGCAGGAGCCUCGGGCUGAGGCGGGCUUGGAGAUGGUGACUGAGGAAGAGAGGAGGGCGUUUAUGGAAAUGAUACGGUCGAUGCUCGUCUUUCGGCCGAGGGAUAGGGCGACAACUCAGCAGGUUUUGCAUUCAGAGUGGAUGCGAGGCUGGGGACAACCGGCCUUGAGAGGCGGACUGGAUGGAAGUGAGAUAAAAGGAUCUCCAGCGAGAUAG